AUGCUUUACUUUAAUCCCCACUUGACUCUCGUCUCAUCAUGUCGCAUGCAGUCAAUUCAUGUUGCAAUAUCGACACCCUCGUCUUACGGAUUUUGUUUUAGGCUCCUUGCAUUCUUCGUCGAAGCUCUACAUGAGAUAAUCGAAUUUCCCGUUGUCAAGCUCAAUCUUGAAACUCUCCACACUGACUCCGUCUUCCACACUUACGUGCUUCCACGUGUUAAUCCAGUCCUCACUCAGUUCUGUACCGAGCUGACUGGCAUCCGUCAAGAAAUGAUAGAUGGGAAACCCUUUCUGGAAGAUGCGCUCAUUCUCCUCAUUGUUUCGGGAGCUGAAAGCUUGAAACAGCUAAUUCUACUUCUUUUCUUGCAUCUCUCUCUACCUUUGGUCCCGUACGCCGCGCUGUCGUCAGUCGGCCUCUCCUCUGAGUCGGCAAACCGCUCCCCAUCAUUAAAGCCAUCGCAAGAGGGUCAAAGUAUUGGCGACCAGAAGGCCAACCAAGCUGGGUUCCAAUAUCUUUGUAUUCCUCCUACUCAAGUUCUCAUGCCAAGUGAAAUGAUCCGCAAAGGCAAUGCAUUUGAGGGGGCCCUGCCUCUCUUCGGAUUGCUACUUGCAAAUUUCGUACACGACUAG